AUGUCGACCACGGACGCUGACGUAGUCGGGAUAAGCACCAGUAACACCACCGACGAGAACAAUAUCAUCCUGGGCCGAGCGGGGGGUAACGCUGUUCCCUACAAAGCUGCUUCCCCGCCAAAUCCCCUCAACGCAGUCGCUCCAGGCACCCGAGGAAUGCUGGACAUACUGGGCGAAUUCCCACACUGGAAGCAGGUUUUAAACCGCCAAUCGUUGUGCUUCUCGGUCACAACAUCCAUCAACUACAUGCGCAGCAGCGCGGAUCCCAUCGACUUCGUCAGCGAAGUCCACAACGACGAGGACGUGCAACGAUACGGACGGCAAAGAUUCACAACCCCGGGAAGCAAUAACAAGUACCCGGUAGAAGACAAGCAGACCAGGUACCACUUCGACAAUACAACUUACUCGCACUUUUGGCGCUCCAUUCGCGACGGCAAGUUGUUAACCCUCUUCGCAUACGACACGGGUGACACACUGUCAUACAAGCUUAACGAAAUGCUCAAGGCUUACGGGCAAGACAAGUGCGUCGUCCUGGAUAACUUGUCAGAUGACAACGUGGCCGGGAAUUUUACCUACGCUGGCCAGACUGUUAAUUUUGGCAAGUUCGAGAUACUGUCGGCCGUGCAGUCUCUGAUGACGAAACUCUACGGAGGACCCUUUCCUUGA